UGCAAAAUCCAUUGCUGAAGGAUCAGAAGAGAUUUUCGACACGUAUUGCUCUCCGUGUUCAGAAUCCGGAAAGACAAAAAAAGCGGAUCAGUUCUGUGUUGAUUGUGGAUCAUACUUCUGUGCUAAAUGUUUGCUGGAUCAUAACAAAUUCCCGGCGUUAAGAUCGCACCAGAUUGUAGACAAGUCCGGACAAAGCGGGCGAAAUGACAGCGACGGAGCCUGAGCUGGACUACCGACAGAAAGAUGUGCAGUCCAUCACGGGAAAUUAGUCGACAUGUUCUGUAAAGAUCACGACGAAGUCUGUUGUCCAGCUUGUAUAGCUAUUAAACACAGGGCAUGUGUUAAUGUGGACUACUUGCCUGAUGUUGCUAAAGGAAUACAGAAGAGUUCGGAGCUUGAUGACACAAGAAAAGCACUCGAGAAUGUUCUGAUAAGAAUGAAACAGGAACAAGAAACAAAGAGAAGUAAACUGACGACGCUUCAUCAUGAAAAGGAGAAGUUAUUUGAAGAAAUAGAAAACUUCAAGAAUGAGCUUAUCAAGAAGAUCGAAGAGCUUGCAGAAACUUCGAAGCUACAAAUAUCAUCAAAGUAUGAAGAUAUAAGAAAAGACGUACAGUCCGAUUUGGAUACGCUUGGUACUGCUAUUUCAACAACAACGACAAAUCUGCAGAAACUGUCCAGCAUAAACGAGUCCCAAUUGUUUGUGAAUGUUAAAACAAGCAAGGUAUCGAUCAAAGAUUGUGAAACACUUUUGAGGAAGCAAACAACAGGAAAGAAAACUGAAGAUUUGAAAUUUUUAUUGAAUAGCGAAAUAAAAGAAGAACUAACAAGCAUGAGCUUUUUAGUUACUGCUGAAGAUGUCAAAGAUUACAAAGCCAUCUUACAUGGAACGUUCAAGAUAAAUCCGAUGCACUGUGAAAUUACAGGUGCAUGUGCCAUGGAUGACGGGAGAUAUGUGAUUGCCGAUCAUACACAUUCAGAACUGACGAGGCUUAAUGGAAACCUCACGGUAGAAGAUCAUAUUAAGGUUGAUGGACAACCGUAUUCGGUAUGCAGAGUAGGACCAAAAGAAAUUGCUACAUUUCUUAGUGGUACAAAUAAAAUUCAGUUUGUGUCUGUUGGACAACGUAUGGAGCUGAAAACAUAA